ACUGAGCUGAGCUAUGAGCGCAUAAUUAUAUAGUCUAUAGAUUAUAAUAUAUUUAAGAGUGGAAGAUAUAUUUUUAGUUUACAUUUUUUAACCUUUUAGGUUAUCCAAUAUUUUUGCUUAUUACUAAACCUAUUGUAAUACCACUUACUACAAUCUGUAUCUAAUAUGGAUUUCUGAUACUGAUUGAAAAUGAGAAUUGGUUGGUUCCAUAAACUGGUGAACAAAUGGCCUGGAAAGAAAGUCUUUGGCAUGUAUAGAUUUCUUCCUAUGUUUUUCGUUUUGGGAGCAGCAUUAGAAUAUUCUAUGAUCAAUUGGAAAGUAGGUGAAGUGAGUUUUUAUAACACUUUUAAAAAAAGGCAAGCAAAAACCAUUGUAGAAGAUAAAAUUAAGAAAUAUUCAGCAGUCGUUUAA